UGUGAAGCCUUUUAUUAGCAAUCAUUCUACGUUGUGACGGAGUUGAGCCGGUGUGAGUGUUAUACGAAUGUGAAGCCUUUUAUUACCAAUCAUUCUACGUUGUGACGGAGUUGAGCCGGUUUUGACGUACAAUGGAGGUGUCCGGUAAGAAAAUCCUGGCAGAUGCCUCUGCCGUGGACGCGACCUUCUGCCACCCCUGCUCCAAUGAUGGGGAAACAGUUCCAGCCGAGGCAUAUUGUACUAUCUGCAAGGAGUUCAUGUGCUCUACCUGCACAAAUGUCCACAAGAAACAAAACAUAUCGAAGUUUCAUUCACUCUUGGAUAAGAGUAGUAUGCCUAAAGCUAUUAAGGGGCAGUCAGAUGUGCCACACAGCACUGAGCCUUGCGAUGUUCAUCCUGAAGAGUUUAUUAAAUACUUCUGUCCAGCCCACCAGACACUCAACUGCGGACAUUGUCUAGUUAAAGAUCAUAGAACAUGUCAUGUUGACAUCAUAUCUGAAAUAUCAAUAUGCUUUCAAGAUUGCCAGGAGUAUGGAGACAUAAUGAAAGCAAUUUCUCAAUUGUCUAAAGACCUUGGGUACUGUACUGAGGACAUUCAAACAAAAUUGAAUUUAAUAAAACAGCUGGCUGAAGAUGAAAUGUCAAGGUUACAUAAAUACCGGAAGAAGAUAAAAACAUACUUUGAUGAGAGGGAAAAUGCCCUUCUAAAGAUAAUAGAGGAAAUGAAAAGUACCGAUGAAACACGUCUUCGCUCCAUGAAACCCAAAUGUGAUAUCCUAAAAGGUAAGAUGGAAGAAAUCAAAACCAAACUUGCAAAACAUGAGAGAAACACUACCCAAUUGUUUAUUGAAGUCAAGAGAGCCAAGAAACAAAUACAAAGCCUGCAGUGCGGCCUGACUGACAUAAAGAAAGACACGACUUUUCACCGCUAUCAGAUUAGAAAGGACACGGCCACUGAAAAACUAUUGUCAUCAAGCACGGGCCUUGGAACGGUGGACGAAAUACAGAGUAGUGAAAAAGAGAACUUGGUACUGGGAGAGGAAGAAAUAAUAAUAGAAGAUCUUGAUGUAGUUGUAAAUGAGAACUUGCUACUGGGAGAGGAAGAAAUAAUAAUAGAUAAUCUUGAUGUAUUUGUAAAUGAGAACUUGCUACUGGGAGAGGAAGAAAUAAUAAUAGAUAAUCUUGAUGUAUUUGUAAAUGAGAACUUGGUACUGGGAGAGGAAGAAAUAAUAAUAGAAGAUCUUGAUGUAGUUGUAAAUGAGAACUUGGUACUGGGAGAGGAAGAAAUAUUAAUAGAAAAUCUUUGUGAAGUUGUAAAUGAGAACUUGGUACUGGGAGAGGAAGAAAUAAUAAUAGAAGAUCCUGGUGUAGUUGUAAAUGGUCAACUGCCCCGUUCUCGUAGACCUACAAUUGGUGGAGGAUUCUGGAAAAAAUGAAUGAGCCUUCUGUGUCGAUAAAUAGUGUUUUCUAUUAUGAAAUAUAUUCUCUUAUUAUACAAGAAAAAUACAUGCAAACCUUGUAUUUUGGAGAUUUAUAUAUUUUAUUUUUGUUUUCUUGUAAAUUGAAGUAAAACAAAUCGUCUUGUCAAAAACCACAAGAACACAAACUUUGAGUGAAGUGAAAUCUUAUUUACUCUUAAAUCCAAAACAAGUCUGAUAAGCCUGCUGUGUUGAAAUAUGGUGAGAUUUAGUGGUUUCCAUUUUCCUAUAAUUAAACAAUUUAAGAUUAUAUGCUGAGCUUUAGUGGUUUCAAUUUUCCUAUUAUUAAACAAUUGAACGUUACACGCAAGCCUCGUAAUUUAGAAUUUUAUUUGUUUUGCUUUUGUUGUCUUGUAGAAUGAAGUAUGAAAAAUCAUCCUGUCUAAAACCACCACAACCCGACCUCUGAGUGUAUUCAAACCACUAAAAGAUUACAUGUAUUUAUGAUAAAAGUAAUAUCUUUA